AUGAAAUUCAACAGCACAAAAUGUAAAGUUCUCACCAUUACACGCAAGCAAAAUCCUGUGGUUUACGACUACCAACUUGGUUCUGCCAUAUUAACCCGCGUUCAGCAAGAGAAAGAUCUUGGAGUUACUAUAUCAUCCAAACUCACCUGGCAUCAUCACAUAUGUGUAAUUGUUGCAAAGGCAAACAAGUUAUUUGGUCUUCUUAAGAGAACUUGCCCACUGUUAACUGAUAUUCGAGUGAGACGGACAUUAUACUUAUCUCUUGUCAAGUCACAGUUAUGUUAUGCUACCCAAGUUUGGUCCCGGCGCAGGACAUGCUCAAAGCCAAGCUUGAAAGAGUACAGAGGCGAGCUACCAAAUGGAUCUUCGGUUACAAAGGCAAAGAAAUGUCUUACCACCAAAGAUUGCAGUUGCUCCACUUAUUGCCUUUAUGCUACGACAGAGAAAUCAAAGACCUAA